UGGACAGGACUUUUAUGGACAUCUCAGGAUGUUCAGCAGAGUACAGAACUGACAUCCCCUCUCCAGCUGCCAAGAACUUCAGUCAACCCAUUCGAGUCAUGUACCCAUUUAAUCAAAGGUUAGCCUGUGAGGGCUGUUGCUGCACCCAACCACUCACCGCAAUGACUGGCCUUUUCCAUCUCAAGGAGCAGACCACCAUGGACCAUGAUGGUCCUGGAUCAGGGCUAUGUGAGGACAUUGAGUGCUAGUGAUUGGAGAGCAGUCACCAGAGAUGGAUUACAUACAGAAGAUGUGACGGCUUUGGGGUGACGGCUUUGGGGUGUUGUCUGACCUGAGCAAGGAAAAAGUAAUGUAACAGGGCUGUUCUGUUGUCAGUGCGAGCUCAUGCAAGUGAUGGACUACAGCCGGACGGAUGCUAACCUUAGCUGGCAUUACCAAAACAGCAUUCCCCCUUAUUGAGACCAGCUCCACAGAAUGCUGAGUCCUAUCGUCCCCUAUAGCUUGUUAAAGAUGCACUGGAACCCAGAGCAUGCCCAGGCUCUCAGCCAGUGGCCUGAGCAGCACCUGGACGUCUCCUCGACCACCUCCUCUCCGGCCCACAAGUCGGAAUUGUACGCUGGCCGCGGCCGCAGCUCCUACAACUACGCCUGGGCCAACGACGACAUCUCUGCUCUCACAGCCUCCAACCUGUUGAAGCGCUAUGCUGAUAAGUAUGCUGGUGUGCUGGACCCGUAUGACCGGCCACCUGCUGUGGGCACCUACCCAGAGCCAGGGGCCUUUGGGGGGCUCAACGCCCAGAAGACUGAGCUGGAGCCUUGGCCACUGACGCACAGUGCUGAUGCCUCCUAUACCCUGGGGCCCCCUGGAGGCCAUGACAGCCUCUCAGGUUCCAAGGCUGUAGCCACAUCUGUUGGCCCUCCGGGGGUUGGCAGCGUGUCGGUGGUGAACAGUAACCUCUCAGACUCUGGCUACAGUGGCAGCAGCUCCUGCAGUGGCUCCAGCGAGUACCCCUCUAGCUACAAUGGCACCUAUCUUUCCUCAGGGUACUGUCCCCAACCCAGUGCAGCACUUCCCCCUGCUUCCCUCCACACUCUCCAGUCCGCCCCCACUCUGGUGCCCAGCUAUAGCCCUACCACACCUGUCUAUAACUACCCCCCAAGCACAUACCCACCCCAGACCAGCCUUGCCCCCAGCUACGGCCACCCCUCUGCAACUUACCUGCACUCAGGUCUACCAGCCCCUACUCCCGUUCCCUCAAGGCCCACCAUUGUAGGAGGUAGCUACAGUUACCAGAGCGCCAACCUUGGGACAUCUGAAUCUGGAGGAACAUUAAAAAGAAAAGCAUUUGAGAUGAGCGUAGAAGAGGAUGAGAGUGGAGAUGGAUCUCGUUACAGGAAAUAUAGCUAUGACCCCUUGAAGGCUGGGGGAAACUCACCCUACAGUGUGAAUGACAAAACAGAGUGCCGGGGAAACGGCUUCAGCAGUUCAGGCAGCACAGACCCUCAAACCUUUAAGCCCAGUAAGCCCUCCUCCCAGCCCAUGGUGUCUCCUCAGUAUGGGGCAGCAGGGGGGGAGUACAGCCCUCCAGCAGGCAUGACGGGAGAAAAUGGCGUGGCGGAGCAAGGCUUCAUCCAACAGCAGCACCACACCCAGGCCCACAAACGCUCUCCACUGUGUGCUCCGCCUGUUGAGACUAUGAAGAGCCCAGAUCCCCGGGUGUUGGACCUUGUCAAUGGGGAGUUACUGGACUGCAGCCCGGCACUGGGCUGGGGCGAGCUGGCCGGUCUCACCCAUGUGAAGGGUGCCCUGGAGGAGGACCUUUUGUGGCCCGUGUUGAGACCCAGUCCGUUGAUGCGGCCACCAAGAACCGUCCUGCUGUUUGGCCCCCGGGGAGGGGGUAAGACCACGUUGACUCGUUCUUUGGCUUCACAGCUGGGGGCUUCCUUCUACCGCGUCAGUGGAGCCAUGCUGGCCUCUAAAGGGAAGGCCGAGGCAGAGCACAUUCUGGGGUCUCUUUUGCAGGUGGCAGGGGCACGGCAGCCCUCAGUGGUGCUGCUCAGCCAGGUGGAGGCCAUGGAAGAGGAGGGGCUGAGGCAGACACUGCUGACCGCCCUGGAGAAAGCCCAGGUGGGGACCACAGGUCUGGUGAUUCUUGUAUGUGCCACUGGUAGGCCAGAUCUGCUGCAGGAUGCAGUUCAUCGAAGCUUUGCCAAGCGGUACCACGUUGGCCUGCCAGAUGUGGGUAUGCGCAGGCAGGUGCUGCUGCAGGCGCUGACGCCCCACGGCUACAGCCUGAGCGAGAGGGAGCUGAGCAUUGUGCUGCAGCGCACAGACGGCUUCUCAGUGUGGGAGCUGCUUCAGAUCAGCCAGCAGGCACUCUCCUCAGCAUCCUCCUCCACCGGGGCAAUGCAUGGCCUCCCCACGUCCUCUAAACCCCCAGCCUUCACAGACUUUGAGAAUGCCUUCUGCAAGGUGCGCCCACACACCACCGUGAAAGAACUGGACACUUGUACAGAGUGGAGCAAGAUGUAUAACCACUGAGAAAGCAGCUAGUCACUGUACUCGGACUGCAUUACGACCCUGUCUUUGCUUAGAUUUGGCAAGCCACGGGAAUUUGUUGUUGUUAUUUUGUAAUUACAGAUUAUGCAGCCAAAAGAGCCAGAGAAAGUCAACAAUACAGGAGAGCUGACAAAGUUGUUUUACUGGCAGAAGCAUGCCACGGUGUGCUUUUUUUGUUUUCAAAUGAAUAGCCGCAAUAUUUAAUUUUUCCCAAAGAAGAGAAAGAUGAAUAGGCCUUGUUCAGUCGGGUAGUGUAUUAGUCUUUUGGCCAAUGGGAAAAUCAGAUUAUGUACUAUUUGAAUACUCUCAGAGAUCCUGAUUAGCCUUGGUCCAGGACAAAAUCAAUUAUUUGUUGCUAGGUGACGUGGUCCAAGAUUAUGGAUAAUCAGGGUUUGGAAAAUCCCCCCCUUUGACUGACUCUCAGGAUCGUAUUUAUUGCAAGUCCACUUCCAUGUUAUCCUAAUGUUGAUUUAGUCAUUGGAUUGUCACUUAAAUAUUCAGUAAGAAGGGCUUGGGAUCAGCAACAUUUCAGCAAACACACACACAGUUUUUGACCAAAAACAUGUCAAACCAAAUGCAUAAUCAGCAGCGUUAACAGGCUGGUCCUCAAAAUUACAAUAAAUGAAUCCUUCUCAAGAGCUUCUCAACAAAUCAAACAGAUAGUUCUUACCCCCCCCCCCCCCCCCCCCCCCCCCCACACCAAAAGAAAAGAUAAAAGAAAAUCAAAUGACAUGUUUUAAAUCCAAACAUGUUGCUACACAUGUUUGGUAGUAAUGUAUGUAUUUCCAUUUAACUCACUAAUAGUAAUACACUCAUGCUUGAAAUUGUACAAUUCACGGACAACUUACUCUUAUAUUUGCAGUGUUGUCCUUAACUUACCCAUACCUUCGUUCUCAAUCUCACAUUCCUCAUUGUCUGCAGUUUUCCUGAGAAUCCCACUUACAGAACAAAACGUACCCACCCGCACAGCCAGCAUCUCCUACAGCGUGUCUGUUUUCUAUUUCACUUAUUCCUUUUAUUUUCUUAGUAUGUAGUCUUGUUUGAAAUGCUCAGGAAGAAUUUCUUUACCUCAGAAAUAUGAAAUUAAAGAAUGUAUGUAAUUUUAGGGUCUUAGUAGAGAGCGAGAUAAAGGAGCGAGGAGAAACCUGACAGUCUUGUAUUACCCACUACAGCUGGGCUUUUACCUCGGGAGAGAAACUUGAAUAUGCUACAAAGAGUAACAUUGAAUGUAAUUCAGGUAUUUCAAAGGAUAUUUGAUGCCAUAAAUCCAUGUAUUAUUAUAUGAAUAUAAAUACCUUUUCAUUUCUGUUCUUUUACCCUUUAUUUUUAUUGUAGUUUAUGGUGGAGUGAUGAUUGUCUUCAAGAAAUGUAGAAUACAGAAAAUCUUGCUUUUUUUGUUGGACAAACUGUUUUGCAAAUGUCUGUGUAAUAUAGCGUUUACAUAUCCUGUAUAUGCAUGUCUACUGUGUAUAGUUUUAAGGCUGCAAAAUAUCAUUUGAAAAUGUUAAUAUAACGCACACAAUCAUACACGUGCACUCGCAGUUGAACAUCUGAGCACAAAAUACCUUCCAAAAAGACACAGAACCAAAAGACAGCAAAAAAAAGUUUGAAGACAAAGUCAUCGUAUGUAGCUUUCAGCAAAUCCCAAAGUAUAAAAACUCACAGCUAAUGUAUACAUAUUGUGGACAAACCCAACAUGUAGACAAUCCAGACAGAUCUCUCCUUUUCCAUCAGUCGUACAGUUCUGUUUUAACGAGCUGGAAAAACCUGGUCACUGGACUGCAGGUACAGGGGUCGUACAUAUUAGACCGUUGCCAUGGUCCUGAGGCGGUAUACACAGAAUGAUGUAAUAUUUCCUACCUCCCUUCCCGCCUCCCCACUACUGCCCCCCCCCCCCCAAACUCAUCAUUAUUUUCUCCCUUUUCUCUCUCCCCAGUGCAAUCUCAUUAGAUUGGAUUGCCCCCUGGCCACGAGCCCCAGUGGCCAUGUGGCGUUGUAGCCUCCUCCCCGCCCCCCUUCCUCUUCCCCUGUACUGAUUCCUCUGGAGUGGAAGUGGUCUGAUUGAUGUCCAGCAACCCUAUAUCACAGUGCAGCCGUCCCCUCUCCAGCUGGUGGCUUCAGUCAUGCCGUGAAGCCAGAUCAAUCAGAGUGACCCUCCGCUGUGCAUACUGAUCACUGUCUCAGAAACUGAAAACACAUUUACAAAUUACAGAACAACCCCUGCCUCAAGCGGCACAGUCUUGAUGAUGCUAGCGAUUAUUCACAUGUAGUUACAGAAAUUAAAUAAUAAUAAUGACUUAGAGGUACCAAUAAUUCCCACAUUUGAAAUUGGUGUUGUUCCCACUACUCACGCCAGUAUGUCCAACAAAACAAGCCUUUAUUUUUUACAUGUUUUGAUCUGUUAUCACGGUAACUUUGUUCUUGGUUAUUGUACAUUUUCUGUAACCAUUUCUACCUCAUUUUUGCGGCAUAUUGUACAUGAAAGUAUUUAUUUCAUGUCUUUUUUGAUGUCUGUUUUAAAAAUGAUAAUAAUGUUCUUGAACUGUAAUGGUCUACCUCAGAAAAGACUGUAUUUUAAGAGAAGAGUAUCACACAAUAUUAAACAGAAUUUGUCAAUAUUG